GAGAGAAAGAGGUUUUGAAACAAGGUCAGAGGAACAGAAGAGGAACAAAGAGUGAGGAGUUGUGUUGAUGUAUGAGCGACUGAAGAGGGAAGUAGCAAAUAAGGAAACACAUGACAGAAGACCGAUGUCAGAAAGCGGGGGAGAGCUGAGCGCGUACGACAAGUGGCGGAGCUGGCCUGCUGCUUUGAACAUGCCUCAGGGAACAUUCCCACUUCCUUCCCGGCAGCGUGCUCCUUCCAGCAGGCCGAAUUGAAUGGGAGCGAGAGGAGUGGGGGGGCCAGAAAACGAGGAGACCGUGACCAGAGGAGGAACACCAGAGGUCACCACCAGAGGUCAAAACCAGAGGUCAACACCAGGGGUCACCACCAGAGGAGGAACCGCAGGGAUGCAGGGAUCACCGACAAACUCGGAUUGAGUCGAAGCAAUAGGCACCGUUCGUUGGGAUUUCCAAUAUUUCCAUCUCAGACUCGAAAUGAAACUAUGAUUGCUUCACGCCAGCCCAAAGGGUCAGAAGCGCCAGGAAAGGUUCAAGGUCUUUAUUCUUGAAACCAAACCUUAACCGAAACCCGAAACGGCUUCUGAGCCCGAGAAGAUAUUCACCGCCACCUUUCCCGGAUACAAUACUGCAGAUUUGAGACACGAUAUUUAUGUAUCGUGGCUACCAAUGUUACGUUGCACAAGUCACCAGAGUACGUGUUCGCCAUUUAUUUUAUAAACCGAAGCUGUUGGAGUUCCAGCCAGGCUUUAUCAAAGACGACCAUCCUGGGAGGUACAAACAAAAACAAUAAAAAACAAAGAUGGCGGAUAAAAAGGGCACCGUGCUGGACUUUUUCAACCAGCUGUGGAACUUUGCUGCGGACAAACACAACCAAGGGGUGUACAACACGGUGUGCCUGGCCGUCCUGCUGGCCCUCCCCCUGCUGGUCCUGCUCACCUCGCUGGUGGUGUGCUGUCACUACUGCUGUGGCGGCAGUGGCUGCUGCUGCUGCCGCCGCCGAAGGGACAAGGGGGCCGCAGUGACCGCGAGGUCGGACACAAAGAAGAAGAAAAAGCAGAACAGGGGGGACACGGAGGACUUGUGGAUCUCCGUGAAGACGGGACAGAUGACGCCAGACCGUAUCGCCAUGGAGAUGGUGUAG